CUUUUUCAGAAAGUUAUAAGUUAUUUUAUCUGAAAAAAACUAAGAGAACGACACCUGAAGAAUCUCGUUUGCUCUUUCGGAAACUUUUACUGUUCCAGGCACUUCUUAGAGGCGCUUUGACUCAACAGAGCGCUGUUAUCCUCGUCUGCAUGGCAAUCGACCGUUACGUUUGCAUGCUACAUCCUCAUCGCUAUCACAAGCACUCUUCUAAAAGGUAUUACAUGCGGCAGGGUUGCGUGGCAGUGAUGUCGACCACCUGGAUAGCAAGUGUGGCGAUCUUUGGAGUUCUCGUGCUCCCCAGAGGCGGUUACUACUUCAACGGGUCCGGCCUUCUCGCCUGCGAUCCCUUCUUCGCUAGAGCGUCCCUUAGAAUCCUGGCGUGUUGCUGUUUUUAUUUUCCGACGACGAUGGUGCUGAUGUACUGCUACGGCUCGGCUUUUCACGUUAACAAACUACGCUUGAAAAGAGUAGUUUGCGUUAACACGCCGGAGGUUGUUAGCGGCGGCCAUAUAGAAAGGCUUGUCGCCCACGAGAGACGAUUGUCGACUUCGGCCUCGCGAACAAUGGCUGCAAUGAGUUUAGGUUUUAUCGUCAUGGUCACACCGUGGACAAUUCAGGAAGUCGUUGUAGCCUGCACCGGAAGCAAGCCGCCGCCGUUUCUCGACUUCUUGGCCACGUGGCUGGCUCUCUCCAAUAGCUUUUGGAAUCCUUUCCUCUACUGGCUGCUCAACAAUCAUUUCCGCCGAAUUUCGCGGGAGCUUCUUUACACAAAGAUUCUGUGCAGAUCUAAGCCGUUAGGAACGAAGCAACAUUGCUGUGCGACCAGCACCGGUGGCUUGGAUGUUUGCAGCAUCGCCGGUGUCGACCUAUCAGACCGUGGAUUUUUCUUUUCAGGUUUGGAGCGUUGCUCAAUGGAACGAUGCUCAAUGGCGCGUUGUUCCACGUUAUCAUUAGCGAAUACGCCGCCACCGCUCCCUUGGGAGACCGGACACAUGGCACAUGACGAUGCAGCAUCCACGUGAGGCAAAGAUGCCGCCACGCAGACGGAGGAUUACGGAUCUCCGGACGACGCCAGUUAGUACAGCGUGGCGGCAAGCCGGCGGUACCCGACUCUGCUUCAACAGUUCCGGGCACAAUAUCCAUCGUCUGUAUACCUACAUCCAAGGGGCGAUGCUGCACCCUCGCUGGCACGAGGGAGAAUUUCGUACGUCGCGACGAUCGGACCGGGCCAGUAUCAUCGACACGGUCAACGGCAUCAUUUCGAGCACGCGCGCUUCAGGAGCCUGCCAGAUCUUGUUCGGGAUUUAGAAUCGCGGUGAAACACUAAUUGCAAAUCACAUUAUCGUAUCAGGGUACUACUGCACCGUUGUCGCGGUCGCAUAAGAAGGCUUGAUCACUCCGCGCUCUCAUCAGCCUGUUAUAAUUACGAAAUCCACGCUUCCGAGACACGAGUAUAUAUGUGAAGCCAUGUGUCGACACACACAGCGAUUAGUUUUCGUUGUGCCAAGAUCGAUUACGGGAAUAAAUUAUGGCACCGACGGGGAUACUAAUCGUACUGCUCUCGACGAUGUACAUGGAGAUGUUUAAUCACGGCGUAGCACUCUGCGAGUGUUAACGUCAUUCCGCGCCCGCAUUUACCUCGUUCUCUACAAUUCAUUAUUAACGCAUGAACGUUCAUAGCACAAACGGUGUGCUCAAGCGUAUAAUUAAUUUUCUUUCUAACGAUUAACUUUUUUUCUACGAAUUUUCAGAAUAUACAAAAGGGUUAUUUGAAGGUACAGAUCCUAAAUCUACAGUAUUCCUUUCAGCAGUUUUUCAUCAAUUUAGAACUGAAUCUGUUUCUGAAAGAAAUUUUAUUCUAUUUAAACGUCUUACGACGUAACAGGGCUUGCGAUACAGUCACGAACUAUAAAUGACGUAAAAUGUCGAAUAGAUAAAAUAAAAUUCAUGAAAAAGAAA